AUGCUCCACGAGAUCCUCCUGUCGCUCUCCGGCCAGCAGUCGUCUCUCUUUAACCUCCAAACAGAGGAAGAUGCCGUCUUUGAAGAAUCUUUUCCGCUCCUUUCGCCUCCAGAAAAAGCCCUCCUUGCCUCCCUCGCCCGUCUGAGCCGUCUUCACGCCCGGCUUCGAGCCCACACGGCCUUGAUCUGUUCCUCACACCCCUCCGUCAUAUGCCGAGCCGUUUCCACCGCGAUUCGAAGUCAUCACCUCGGGGCGUUUCAGAAGAAGAUCCUCGACGUGGAGAAGGCUAUACUGGUUGAAGAUAGUGGUUAUGUUGGGGGUUACGGAAUUGUGCCGUUAGCGACGGUGGUCGGCGAGUUCGCUCCGUGGACACGGCGAUUGGAGUGGCUUUGGGGGGUUGUGCGCUUCAUACAACCAAAUACCAAGAAGGAACACACCCAAAAUUGCACAGGCGCGGGGUUGAUAAACCAUCUUCGCGGCGAGUCACAAACUGGUUAUGUUGACAUUGAAGAGAUCGUACUACAUCUGAUCGGUGCUGCGGAAACCGCCUGGAUGAGGCAACUAUCUACAUGGCUGCUUUAUGGUAACCUCCCUAUUCUUGGAAAGGGCGAUUUUUUCAUUCAAGAAGCCGGAACGACGGAGAACGACGGAUCUGCCGCCCAAUUCGCGAUCCAUACCCGACUCAUACCUCAGUUUGUCUCUUCGCAUACCGCGGCAUCGAUCCUAUUCAUAGGAAAGACCUUGAACCUCAUCCGCGCCAAACGGGGGCCUAGCGGACACACAUCAGACACACUCCUCUUAACGUCACCCGUUACCCUCCAUGGCGAACACAUCAGUCAUCUCGCUGGGUUGAAGUCACCCAUAUCUGCCUCGAAGCUGUCUAACGCGGUCGACUCAAUCCGAAUAUCUCUGUCCCAAAGCACACUAUCCAAGCUAUUGCCGCUUCCUAAGCUUCUGGAAAUACUUUCUCUUCUGCACGAUUUCUUACUUUUACAACGUGGUGAAUUUGCCACGGCCUUAGUAUCGCAUGCUAAUGCUCGGUUACGAGAACGCCAACUGAAACCAGAGUCAUCUGGUGCCAGAGAUUUAUUAAACAGUGUCGAUGGCCUAGCCAUCAAAGAAGGUGACGUGGCAACGACCCUGAGCAAUACCUGGGCGGAAUUGUACUCGUUGCAAAAUGAAGAAGACCCGGUCGAUGAUGAGCUCGACCUCGCGAGAGAGCUUGUUCGGCUAUCACUCAAUUCGAAAGUAUCCAGCCAGAGUUUGGGAUCUUCGCCAGGCGACGCUACGGCUGAACCAGUAGCUGAGACCUCCAGUGUCUCCUUUGACGAUCUUCUCUUUCCUAUUUCGACAUCACUCUCGGUACAGGUGCGCCCUCCGCUAGACCUCUUCCUUUCAGCGGCCGAUGUCUCAAUCUACUCGAAAAUGCACUCGUAUCUGUUGGGUAUCAGGAGGGCACAGAUUCGCUUGGGCGAUCUCUGGAAGCACACGCCGCUACGUCGGAGUCACCCGUCCCCAUGGGGACCACCUCGGAGUAAUAGUCGGUUUGGGCGGAGUAGACUCCAAAUGGGUCGGCAACGUGAGAACACAAGAACCGGCCAGAUGCGCGCCAUCUGGGCGACAAGUAGUGCAUCCCUCUUUGUGCUUUCGGAGAUAGGAACUUAUUUCCAGGGAGAAGUCAUUAACGGGUCGUGGCAGCACUUUCGAGACUGGAUAGAAGCAGGGGUAUCUAACACGGCUUCCCCAUCAGGAUCGCGACCAGGAACUGCGACCUCAUCAAAGGCACGAAACAUCCGCCUGGGCGAUCAAACUGAGGAUGGACCGGAUGUGCAUCCUAGGCGCCACGACCCAGAGGCUCUCACAGUUGCCCAUCGCCGGUACCUAUUCUCUCUGGUGCAACUACUCUUCAUCAACGACGCGCCUUUCACUGCAGCUCUCCGGGGCCUGCUCGCAAAAAUCGACCAUUUUAUUGCUCUUGUAAUCCGAUUAGAGAGCAUCCAGCGCAAUAUGGAUCUGGAGUCCGAUGAGGGCGUAGUUGAUGCAUUGGUAGAUUACGCAAGUGAGGAGCGCGAAGUAUGGCACGCACUUGGAGCAGCGCGAGGAGACACUGAAAAAGGCAUCAACGAGGUUAUUGCCCGACUACGAGAUAUCGACGACAGCCGGGCAGAGGAGGGACGGAUGAUGUUCGAACCCUCAACGAACGCCACCAGUCAUUCGAAUAGCUGCUCGUUUAGGCCGCGCAAAGCAGCCGGGGUCGACCGACUGCUGAUGAAGCUGGACUUUGGAACAGCGGGCAAUUAG